AUGCCAUCAGGAGUUGUCACCUCAGGACCACUCUACUGGCUGACGAGCUCUGGAGGACAGUACACUCCAGCUCUGCCUCCUCCUGAUCACGGACAUGUUCUCAGCCUUCCCAAGAAUGCCCUCUACAUGCCUGGAUUGGUUUUCAUUUUGGCUCUGUUCUCUGACACCGUUAAGCUGGAACUGGGAACUGAGCAUGAAGAAAGGAACCCAAAGCACAGGACAAAUCUGGCUGUUCUUGGAACACAACUACCUCUGAGAUAUUUUGAUUUUUCCCCGAAGACCAUUAAUGAAACAAACGGCUUUUCAGAGCUGCAAUCUCGUGUACCUUUUAUUGGCCUCACAGACAGCAAGAAGUUAAAUAGACACUGCUGCAAAAAUGGAGGAACCUGUAUCCUAGGCAGUUUUUGCGCAUGUCCAAAACAUUUCACUGGGCGAUACUGUGACUUUGAUGAACGGAAAAGAGACUGUGGUGCUGUUCUCCAUGGAAACUGGCUACAGAAAGAUUGUUCCCUAUGCAAAUGUGUUUAUGGGACUUUGCAUUGUAUCCCACAAAUGUUUCAAGAUGGUUGUGAUGAAGACAAAUAUGAAGAGGAGAUUCUCCGAAUACUUUCCAUGAGUUCUAAGCUGCAGCCAACAGAACAUAUCUGUUUUUUUACACUGUUUAUAUUCUAUUUUAUGGUAUGAAAGUGGAAUAGAAAAGUUCUUUUUUGUCUCUGUGCUUGUAAUCAAGAUUUUAUUUUUAAUUUAUCUUUAGUCUUUUUUUUCCCAUGGGAAAAGUCCAGUCGAAUUUUAAUAGUGCUGUUUAGUUUUUAUCUGCUCUUUUAACAGUCCCAUAGAACUCAAGGGAGACUUCCGCUGUAGGGAUCUACAGGAUGUUUGGUUUUUAAAAUGUAUAGCAAAGAUGUAUUGUUCUCUCAAUUUUAUGUAGGUUUUUUAGAGUAACUGCUAUAUAACUCUCCUGAUUUCAUCUCUUUGAUUUCAUAAGGCUUUCCCAGAAGUGGAGUGAGGUUUUUUUAAAUAGCUCUCACUCAAAAACAUUGUAAGAUAAUACUAAAGAAAUAGUUUAGUGCGAAGACUAAUGUACAAAAGAUGUAAUAUUUCAGUUUUAGCUGCAAAUAUGAAAGGUAGGACAACCACUUAAACUGUGCAAGUGGGUUCUCUUUAUUGAAUCUGAAGUGGAAUAUAGUAAAUUCCUACCCAAUGUACAUGAUAUAUUCCUUAUCCUUGGAUUCCAUGUUUUACAAUGAAGUGAACUUGGGAAGAACAAUAAAUUAUAGUUCCAUAUAACAAUUCUAAUUGUUGGCACCAAAAAAACCCUCUAGAGAUUGCUUAAUAGAAAACACAAAUCAUGAUCCAAAACGUGUCAUAUGACUGGCUGAUCUGAGCCUAUGUAAUUCCCCCCCACCCCUCUUAAGACAACACAACCACAUGACUUCAGAACACACUUUUUUGUAGUGAUGAGUUAGCUAAUUGAGGUAAAAUCCUAGUGCAGAAAAGCCAGCAUGUAGCCUUCAUACUAGGUAGUAGAUCACAUUAACUCCAAGUUGCCCCAUAGUCUUUAAUUUGACAUGCCAAGUUGCAUGAAAUUACAAGCUGCCUUGUCUGCAGUAUGAUUCUACCCCAAGUUAGCUAACUUUAAAAUACAUUUGUGGAGUGAUUACUUAAUUGUUUAAGAGCCACUUUAUAAAACUGCUGAAUGUGUACACCUCUGGCAGACCCUACACUACACUAUAUAGUGGCAGUGCCACAGCUACUCUGCUAUAGUGUAGACACUUGCUACCUCCACUUGAGACUCGAUGUAGUUAGGUCAAUGGAAUAAUUCUUCCAUCGACUUAACUGUGGGAUCUUCACUACAGGGAGAUCGAUUUUGCUGAUCUAGUGAAGCAGGGAUCGAUUUUGCGGGUCUAGUUAUGACCUCCUAAAUCAAUGGCAGAGAACUCUCCGGUCAACCCCGGUAUUCCAGCUCUCUGAGAAGAGUAAGGGAAGUUGACUGGAGAGAGUCUCUCAUUGACGCAAUGCAGUAAAGACACCGGGGUAAGUCAACCUAAGCUACGUCAUUAUUCACGUAGCUGGAGUAGCAUAACUCAGGUCGAUUUACCCCUGUCAUGAAGACAGGCCCUGUAUCUCCAGUGGAGAUUAGGUUAACUUAACUCUGUUGUGCAGGGUAUGAAAUUUUUCACAAUCCUGAUCAUGAAGCUAGUUGGACCCAAGUUUUAGAUGUAGAGCAGUCCUCAAAGUUAGAGCUGACUUCUGUUCAUGAUAAUUUCUCACCACUACCUCUCUUUGCUCUUUGGGCAUUUACCCCAAUUCCUGCACCACACUCUGAGUCUUCAGUGCUAAAAUCUUUACUUCCCCCGUGGGUAGGCUCUGUAGUGGUGACUAGGAUAAUUUUUUUCCCUUCUUUUAAAUAAAGAGCUAUCUAGAGCAAAGCAGCCCAGUUCUAAAUACUGAUUUUCUUCUUAGUCCCCUUAACUACCAUUACCAAACUGCUAAUCGAAAGGACCCACCCCAAUACCCGUGGCAGCAGUAGUGAAGACAAGUGUUCAGGUCUAGGGUCGUGGCACUUGUGCAGUACUGCUAUUCUGUGCUGCUUUAUUAAAAUGUAAAGGCAUGGGAGGGAGGAAAGCAGGGCUUAAUGCAGGUUGUGUUUAAUGACAAUAAACCUCCCAUAUCACCGUAGUGUGGUAAUACAACACUGGCUUGGGUAGCUAGAAAGAAAUAUAGCAGAAAUGGAACCCAGUAUACUUAAUUAGCAUGUAAAAGGGCAGUUAAGGGCCUAAAAUUUCAAAUAACUGAAAACUUUCAGUUUUCAUGUUUGUUUGAGAGGAAGGUGUUGUGAUGUGUUUGCUUUGGAAAAAAAAAAACUAAAUAGUGUAGGGAAAUUCUGGCUUCAUUGAGUUCAAUGGGAGUUUUGCCAUUGACUUCAAUUCAGCCAGAAUUUCACCCAUGAUAUCUGCAAACUGGGUCCGCCUUGUCUGGCUAAUAAAUAUUGGCCAACCACAGUACAUCAAGUCAAAUUUACUGAUCCGCCUAGACCUCAAAAAAAAACAAAACACCAACAAACAUCAGUCAACUUGAAUGCAUAAUUGCUUAUCCUAUUUUAUCAUUACUGCUACUUGAACAAAAUUUAGGGCUCCUGAACAUUGGAGCAAGCUAUAGAAUUUUAUAGUGAACCAAUGAUCUGAACCAACCUGCAGACUUCUACACUGUUAUGCUUACUAUCUUUUACUGUGAAAAUGUACUAACUUUGUAAAUUGUAAGCUAUUGUCUUGUUCUUAUAAACUUCAGUGCUCUUUUAAUCUCUGAACACCUUCCCCUUCCUUCCAAGG